GUUAACUUGCAAUACGUCUUGCUGCACUUUCACUACCCUGAGAGCCACCAGCCUUCACAACUGGGGAGUGUUAGAGACAGGAAUUUUCCUCAAACGGCGUUGUGCUCAACUUCAACACACGGUCGCAGAGAAACAACAUUGCCUACCUCGAGGCCAACUCGUUAGAAGCGCAGUCGCUUGCUAACUGCGACGCCCUUAGCUCAGAAGACUAGGUCCACGCGGCAAUGGCUUUCUAUUGAGGCGGCACCGGCGCAGAGACAACGCUUGCCGCUUGCGCUGGCGGCACAUACAGCGCACUAGAGGCCCAGCCUCUCUGCCUUCUUCACACUCAGCAAGCGGCACCGCAACAGCCCUAUAAAAAUGCCGGCGAUUGGGAGGGCCAUCCAGCUUCUGAAGCUCCCCUUCGUCAAGGUCGGGACUGCCUACAACAAUGUGGCAGUCAAAGCGCCAAUGUUGACGGGCGUUGUGACGACGGUCGUCAAGACGAGCGCGGCCGACCUUUUCGCGCAGAAGGUGGUUGAGGGCCGCGACGAGGUUGAUUGGCGCCGGCACGGCAUGUUCGUCAUGUUUGGCUUCGGAUACCUGGGCUGCUGGCAGUACUACCUGUACAACAACCUGUUCGUCCGCUGGUGUGCGCCCAUCACCCGCGCGGUCGGCCACAUGGGCUCAGCUCCUGUCAAGGUGUUUAUCGACCAGUGCAUCCACCACCCGCUUCUGUACUUCCCGUGCUUCUACUCGCUAAAGGGUUUGGUGGAGGGCAAACCACUGGAGGAGUCGUUUGCGGACUACAAGGAGCACCUGUGGGACAACUGCAAGGCGCUGUGGAUGAUCUGGGUGCCGGCACAGAUGGUUAACUUCACUGUCGUGCCGCUGCACCUGCGCAUCCCUUUCGUGGCGGGCGUGUCCUUCGCCUGGACGGUGGUGAUCAGCGUCAUGCGCGGUGCCAUGGAUAAGGCGCCGCCCAGCAAGGAGGAAGCAGCGGCUCCCUCCAUGGUGUCGCAGGCGGCCGCCGCGGCGGCGUCGGCAGCAUCGGGUGUGGCGCGCACCUCGCCCAUCUCGCUGCAGCCUCUGCUGAACACGGCCACGGCAAGUAGCGCUGACUCUGGCUCGCUGGAGGACGCGGCGUCGGCGGGGCCCGUGGGCCUGCAGCAGCUGGUAGCUGGCAACGAGCAGGCAGACAGUGCCUCGGCGCCUAUGCUGCUGCGUUAAGGAGCGAAAAUGCAGGGAGACUGGAGGCACACAGCUGGACCGCGUUGUGGGGGCUGUCCAACGUAUGUGAACCAGCCCUGCUCGGCUUGGUAACCUGAGCAAGCGGAUAUCAGGAAAGUACGGUAUAAUGGUUUGUUGUUCCUAACAUAUUCGGCAUUUGAGCACUAUUUCUCUUUGCUGCCCGUGCAUGUGACUAGGUGUGGGCGCGCGGCGUAAGCCCUGCGUCCCUGUGCGGUCGUUGGGUAUGGGGCAGCAUAACAUUGCGUUUUCCCUCGUGGCAAUGGAAGCCAGUGGCAGGUGUGUGCAAUGGUUCAAAAGGCCAGUAGUACGGCUGUGACAACGUGCCGUCAGCUGGGAGGGGGGAUACAGACAGUUGUGCACUGUACGGACACUUAGACUGCUGACUGCUUAGGAGGCUUGGGUACAAGGGAUAGAAUUGGAGCGCCAGGUACGCGUGGUCAGUUUCGAGUUUGCGUCCGAGAGUCGCGGGCACAUAGUUGCAGCGAUUACGUGUCAUAGUUAUUCGGGAGGUAGCAUGAUGCUGCAUGCACAGCAAGCUACGUGCGAUUCACGAGCAUGCAUGGGUGGAGGGACGGUGUGCUCGUCAAUGACGAGAGAGUUGCAUGAGUUGAAGAGUGAGAGAGGCAAGUGAGCGCUGGGCGCGGUAACGAACAGCCCAAAGCGACAUAUUCGCCCCAAAAACCGACAUGCAUGGCUGAUUGAGGACGCGGGCCCGCCAGGGGUCUCGGAUGGUGCACAGCUCCGGCCUGGGACCCAAUAACCUAUCGUGAAGCCAGGACACCGCCCCCGAACAUGUCAAGGUUGACGCAGGGUAUGGCGCUGUCCUUGACCGUUGCGUUUUUUCAAGCAUGUCAAUGACCGUCUAGCUG